AUGCAGUCUCAGGAGGCUAUGAAUCCCAUAAACACAACAAAUACAGAGGGCUCAGACCCGAGUCAGCUCGGAAUGGGUCUCCAUCAACCGCAGCACGGAUCUUCGUCCGUCAAGCCACGCCGCAGGCGGGAGUCCGUUGAGCUGCUCGAGGCGCGGUACAAGGCGCUGAUGCGGAAUAUGUUGGCGUACCAGCAGAUGCGAGUCCGGGCUUCGUACGGAGGAGGGCCGGGCAUGAACCAGACACAGACACAGAUACAGCUACCGACACAUCAGCACCAGCAACAGCAACACAACCCCGAAAACCUCGACUCAUCUGCCACACCUACAACCUCCUCAUCAUCAACCACGACACCGAUGGAGGAGACGCCCUCAAUGCACAUCAACAUGAACCACAACCACGGGCACUACCAGCAGCAGCAAACCCAAUACGCACCCCACAGCCUGCAGAUCCAGGCGGCCUCGACGCACCACAGCCGCCAGCAGCAGAAGCGCGACCGCGCCUCGCGGCGCAACCUGCAGCAGGGCAGCAACAGCAACCGUCCGAGACCCGUCUACCCCAACAACAAUGGCGGGCACGGCAACAACAGCAACCGUCCGAGACCCGUCUACCCCAACAACAAUGGCGGGCACGGCAACAACAGCAACAGCAACAGCAACAGCAGGAGCAGCAGCGCAGCACGGCAGCCUCGGUCCCGGACCGCGGCCAUGCAGCUGGCCUUGGACGAGCUUACCAACACAGCCACUACUGCUGCUGGACAGAAUCAGUCUUCUGCGCACCACCACCAGGUCCAGCAACACCAUAUGCACCCGGUAGUUCACUACCAACAACAGCAGCAGCAGGGACAGCAGCUUUCACACAUCCAGAUGCAGACGCAGACGUACGGACAUCAUACACAAGCCAACACGCAUAAUAACCCCCUGAUGCUCGAUGCCUCGCUGACCGACUACGACCACACGAUGCCAUCUUUCGAGGAGCAGCUAUCAUCGUUCGACCCCAGCGGGAUGGCGUCUCUGCAGCACCAUUCACUGUCGUCCCUGGAGCCGACGCACAACAGCGUCGAAGAUGAUCUGGUGCUGGAAUGUUUUGUUUCGAGCAUGGCGGACAUGUAA